AUGCUACAAGAAAUCGAAAAGGAAGAGUAUGCAGAAGAUUUAAAAAUAGAUGUGUUGCAAGCUAUCCAUUUUAUUGCUAAAAGUUGGAAAGAAGUUGGUGUCGAUAUGAUUCAGAAUUAUCCUGUGUUUAGCAAUAUUGCAAAUGCAAUUAAAACUCUUGGCCUCUUCUACUCUAUGCAAGUUGAAGAAUUUUUAAAAAUUUCUGAUGAAAACGUUGUUUACGAAAUUCUUUCAGAUGAAGAAGUUAUUAGGGAACUUGUUAAAACAUUCUGA